UUACAAGGUGGGAACAAUCCCAGACGUAGAAAUACCCUGCCAUGGGUGAAACUUCCUGAGGAUUUGAAAGAUCCAGAGGUGCUCCUGGUCCAGAUGCGGGUGCUGGAAGCCAUGUUCGGCCCGGACGGAUCUCAAAUCUCUUACAUCGAGCAGGUGAGCAAGAUCAUGCUCAUGCUGAAGGCUCUGGAGUCUUCAGACCUCACCGAGGUUGUCGUUUACGGCUUCUAUUUGUGCAAGUGCCGGACCAAGUGGAUGCUCCAGUCCAUGACUGAGUGGCAUUGCCAGCACCAGGAGCGAGGGAUGCUCAAACUUGCAGAAAGCAUGACUGCGGUUGAACUAAGCCCUUGGGUGAAGUGA